CAUACAUAAAUAUGAACACAACAUAAUGGAGACGGAAUCACAGCGCGCUUUAGAGUAUUUGACAGAAAUAGAAGAAGCAGCUGAAGAUGUCCUUGCAAACAAACAACAGAUUGUGGAUCUAGAUAAGAAGAGAAAUGGAAACAGGGAGGCGUUGAAUGCUUUGCGUAAUCCGAACUCAUCAAAUGAGAAAGUAAAGGUUUGCUUUGGAAAUAUGUUUAUAAAGUUUCCUAAAGCCAAGACCACUGAGAUGAUUCUUAAAGAUCAAGACCAACUAGACAAAGAGAUAAAUGAUCUCCGUAAAGUGUUGAAAGCAAAGGUGAAUCGUCUCAAUGAGUUGCAAGGGAAGCCUGAGCUAAGGGGCUACAAUCUAUCUCCUCUCUCUAAUGAUGAGAUAAAAGCUAUCAACAACCUGUUGAAGAGAUGAGACACAACCCCACACAAAACACAGAACAAACUGAAUCUGAAUCCAGCAAGCUAUCUUCUUCCAUGUCAGUGACAAGCAGAUGCGUAGGUUUGGCUCAGAAGGUAGGAGUGGGUGGAAAAGAGCGCCCGGAUCUCUCCAAUCACACACUGUGACAAAGUGAAGGAAACAAGUAAUCUACUAAACGCCAGUGGGUACACGGCUGAAAACACAACAACGUCAGCUUAGACCUUUCUGUUCAAUAAAGGCAAAGGGUUCUAAUAAUUGUUUUUUAUUCUGUGUCCACUGUGAGUUUACCUAGUGAGGAGUGGCAUGACAUUAGCCAAACAUUCCCAAUUAGUGAUGGGGUGGAUUUUUCUGUGGGCAACAGUUGCUGUGUAUUGUGGCUCCCGCAUCAAGUGUCUUUGGAAAUUGUUUUUUUAGCCUAACCUUAGGGCUUAUGUUGUUUACCUUAGAGUAUAGGCUGUGGACCAAUAGGAGGGGACCUCUCAAACCAUGCUGAACUGAGGCACAAUGCUGAGAAACUGUUCCAUGCUUGCAUGCUUGGAGCAAAAGAACAGAACCAAAUUGAAAAGAUUUGUAAUUUAAAGUGAUCCGUCUUGCAGAUAAUACAGCAGGGGGCUCUUUACUUAAGCGGUUUUAAAUGUUGUGCUCUGCGAUCAGUGGUUGUAACUAUCCUAUCACAAAGUAUUUAUUAUUAUUUUAAGUAUUUGAUAUAUCUUUGAUUUGUGUUUCAGGAACCAAUGAAAAAAUAACAUUUUUGUUUAAGUACUGAGUUUGUCUGGUUGAGUUGAGUGUGAAAUGCCAAUCCAAACUGUUUUGUUUGACUAUACUUCAAGUAAAUGAACAAUGCAUUGAGAAUGUAGUUUUUGGCACAGUUUGUUACAUGCUGUUGUAAACCAUUGUGAA